UUGUAAAAAAAAAAUGAAACAAAAUAUUCGAUCGUUGACAUUUUUCGAUAGCCUAUCGUUAGUUAGAUAAACUGUCCACCACAUAAAACUGCGUUGACAUUAGAUUUUUUUUUUAUAUUUUAAAAUACCAAUUCUUCGUAGUUUUAUCUACUAUAAACAUAUGAACGUUGCUCGAACGAAAUAAAAGUUCGAAUGCUCAACGCACAAUAUUUGAACAAUGGAUACCACGUGGACUCUAAGAUUCAUCGUUUGCCUUCUUUGUUGUCGAGCAUCUUUGGCAGAACUGAAACUUGUACAGACGAUAUUUAGACAUGGAAACAAAAUGCCAUCUAAUAUCAAUUUUUAUCCUAAUGAUCCUUACAUUAAUUAUACUUACGAGCCGGCGGGAGAAGGAGGUUUAACAAAUGUUGGUAAAAUGACCAUGUACAAAGUUGGCCAAUUCUUUCGAGAAAGAUACGAGGAUUUUUUGGGAGAAAUUUACACGAAAGAAAAUAUUUUGUUUCGCUCGGAUGAAGUAGAUAGAACUGUAAUGAGUGGACAACUCGUGGCAGCUGGACUAUAUCCACCUUCCAAAGAACAAAGGUGGAAUCCAGACUUGAAUUGGCAACCUAUACCUGUAUGGACAAUACCACGUACUAUAGAUUGUCUUUAUAAUACUCAGUUUUCUCCAAGAUUUGAUAUGUUGAGAAACAUAGUGGAAGAAACGGACAAAGAUGUGAUACAAUUUGAAAAAGACAAUAGAGAUGUUUAUAAAUACUUGUCUGAACACACAGGUGGUAAUAUCACACAAUCAAAAGUAUUUUCAUUAUAUCAACAUUUAUUCGAUCAGAAUAAUAUUGGUUUGGAAUUACCAGAAUGGACGAAAUCAGUUUUUCCUCACGGAAAACUUGACGAAUUAGCUAUAUACGACAUUUUGAUUCGUACUCGUACUCUGGAAUCAAAACAAAUAUCAGGCGGAAUAUGGAUUCGCGAAUGGUUAAAUCAUGUUGAUGAUUAUAUAAGCAAGAAAGAUAGGCGAAAAGCGUUUAUGUAUGCGGCACAUGAUCUAAAUAUCGCAUGUAUACUUUCUGCAUUGGGCAAUUUCAAUAACGAAAUUCCUUACUAUGGUAAUAGUCUGAUGUUUGAAUUACACAAAGACGAUAACGAAUAUUACGUUCAGGUGCUUUAUAAAGAUAAGGAUAAUAUUCGAGUUCUUAAAUUUCCUAAUUGUGAUAAGAUGUGUCCAUUAAAUGAAUUCAAGAAAUUCGUAGAACCUUUAAUAUCGAUUAAUAUGGAAGAAAUAUGUGGACAAAAAAAAAGAAGUAUAUAUGUUUUCUCGUAAUUAAAUUUUCACACA